AUGGCUAUGCAGUAUUUCAACCAAAUAAAACACCGACGGCGUUCGUCACAGAUGAUCACCGCGCCCAAGCCUGUCCUGACGCCUGAAGAUGAAGCCUACCUACGCGAAGUCACCGCCGAGCCUGAAUCUGUUACCCCUCCAACAGAGCAGAAUAAACAAACACCAACCGAAAGUCCUACUGGGGCGUCCCUCCAACCUGCGAUAAGCGAACCAGCCGAAAACAUCCCUCUACCUACCUCGCCUGGGGAGGAGUUUGCAAAGGAGCUUGGCGAGGAGGGUAGGCAAGAACGGAAGAGUUCCCAGCAAACAUUGACAAGAACGGAGACACCGAAAUCGGAAGUCUCGAAGCCUCCACCUAAGAAGAAACGAUGGAGUGCCAUGUUUUGGAAGAAAAGCACAGAGAAGGACAAAGACGCCGACGAUGCGAACAAAUCACAGACCGAAGCGGGGACUCCUCCGACCACAUCGGAUAAGUCAACAAACGGGAAGAACGCAGAUAAAGGUAACGACGCCGACGACGUGACGGAUAUUUUGGAGCGAUUGAAUCUGGCAGCGGAUAACAACCGUGUGUUUUCGAUCAGUGAGGAGACACAGGAGCUUUUACGCAAGUUCAAGCUCAUCUUCAAGGAUCUGAUCAAUGGAGUCCCAACUGCCUAUCACGACUUGGAGAUGCUGCUGACGAACGGCAAUCGCCAACUACAAGACACCUAUACGAAGCUGCCUAGUCCCAUGCAAAAAUUGAUCGAGAAACUUCCUGAGCGUUGGACUGAAACCUUGGCUCCAGAGAUGCUGGCGGUUGCUGCCGACCGUGCCGUUAAGAGUGGAAUCAAUGUGGAGAACGUGGGCAAGGCUGCUGCGGUUGCAGAAAAAAUGGGAGUGCCAAGUCUAAAAGAACUUGUGUCGAAACCCGCUGCUCUCGUAGGCAUGCUGCGAUCCAUCAUGGCGUUUCUGCGAGCUCGGUUCCCGGCGGUUAUGGGCAUGAAUGUGCUCUGGUCUUUAGCAUUGUUCAUCCUCCUCUUUGUGCUGUGGUACUGCCAUAAACGCGGGCGCGAGGUCCGUUUGGAGAAUGAGCGUCUGGUGACGGAGGAAGAGAUCAUCAAGCUCAACCAAGAUACUUCCGAGGGUCUAAUCCGCCCUACUGAGACGUUGACGACGACCGCACCACCGGGCGCUUCGUCCGAUGAGAUACGCAAAGGCGUGAUAAAGGUAGAGGAGGCCCGCGCCGCUCCUGUCGAAUUCGCUGUUCCCGCGGAAGUAGAGAGCGAAACCCAACAAGAUACUCAACAAAGUACGCGGCCAGCAGUUCCAACCCGGUCGAAAUCACGUCUGUCUAUGUUUGGUCGGGCCAAAACAGAGCGUAUGCCUAGUAAUGUUACUCCUUAUCCCGGCACUUGA